CAUCAACCCAUCCCUCUCUCAACUUCUCCGGGCUCGUAGCUACCCAUCCCCACCCCCCUCGUCAAUAGUUCCACCUCCAGGCGGUUCGACAAUCCAUCUCCCAAACACCACCAACUACUGUUCAAGGUUACCUUUACCGGUCUACCAGGACUCCAAGUUUCCUCAACUUCUUUGCACAGUCUUCUACUCGUGCUCGUCAACCCCCACAAACUUCAGCAAAAAUGUCCGCCCCCAUCGACAGUGUCACCGCCCAGAUGGCCACCACCUCCCUUGACAACGCUCCCACCACCGAGAGCACCGGCGCCCAGCAGUCCACCGCAGCCGACGAUGAGGCUGUGCGUGCGAGCGCCGCCGAGGGCAGGCGACUUUACAUUGGAAACCUCGCGUAUGCGACCACCGAGGGGGAGUUGAAGGACUUCUUCAAGGACUACCUGGUCGAGUCCACGACCAUUCCCACCAACCCGCGCACCUCGCGCCCCGUCGGAUACGCCUUUGUCGCCCUUUCGACGCCCUCCGAGGCCGAGCGUGCCAUUGCCGAGCUCAACGGCAAGGCCAUCCUCGACCGCAAGGUUUCCAUCCAGCUUGCCCGCACCCCUGAGGCCCACGCCGAGGGCACUGGCAGCGGUGCCGAAGGUGCCAGCUCUGAGCACCGUCGCCGUAACUCCACCCGUGGACGUGGACGCGGACGUGGCCGUGGUGGUCGCGCUGGACGUGGUGGACGUGCUGCUGAUGGCGCUGAGGGUGCCGAGAACGUCGAGGCCACUGAUGCCGCCCCUGCGGACUCUACCCCUACAAAUGGCACCGACGACAAGAAGUCCGCUGCUCCCCGUGAGCCGCGUGAGCCCCGCGAGCGCAAGCAGCGCGGUCCCCCCGAGGAUGGCGUUCCCUCCAAGACCAAGGUCAUGGUUGCCAACCUUCCCUACGACCUCAAGGAGGACAAGCUCCUCGAGAUCUUCCAGGACUACUCCCCCACCCAGGCCAAGAUCGCCCUCCGCCCCAUCCCCCGUUUCAUGGUCAAGAAGUUGCAGGCUCGCGGUGAGCCCCGCAAGGGCCGUGGCUUCGGUUUCGUGACGCUUGGUUCCGAGGAGCUCCAGCAGAAGGCUUGCAGCGAGAUGAACGGCAAGGAGAUCGAGGGCCGUGAGAUCGCCGUUAAGGUCGCGAUUGACUCCCCCGGCAAGGAAGACGACCAUGAGGGCGCCGAGGGCGAGGCCACCACCGAGGGUGCCACCACCGAGUCUGCCGAGAAGGCCGCCGAGGCGCCCGCUGCCACCACCACCGCUUAGGUAGCGGCCACUGCCUAGGCGCGCCCCACCCCCAGCGAGCACGCUUCGACAUUGCAUUGCGCUGCGGGAUUUGUGUAACGAAGUUUCUGGCCUAUCGACAUCUACCACUACCAUGAUAGAAAUAUAGGCUACGGCUAUUAUCAUAGUUUGUUCGAGUUAACGGGUCAUUCAAUCGAAAAAGUGGAAUCGGAGUCUAUCGGACGGUGU